AUGCUUAGAAUAGCAAGACGGUACGCCAGCCGAUUUGUCGAGUCAUGCCCACCACCAGUGUAUGACACGGGAUGUACCCAUUGCGGGAUUCCUGAGUUCCCUCCAGAUAAGAAGAUCAACUUUGAGCAUAACCUCAAUAGCACGGGGUCAGAUCCUUGGAAGCAUCUUCUUGUCUUUCUGCAUGGGUUUAAGGAUUUCAACAAGAUGCCUGCGAAAGUGGAGUUCACCGCUGGGUCGGUGGCUAGUGAGAUGACGCUGCUCAAACGAUUGCUCAGUCCCAAUCAUCCAGUUAGUGUCACCAAUGCACUCGUGGAGGGCAUCAACGACAAACCUAAUGGGAAGGAGAAGGUUUAUUUAUAUCCAGACAACAAGGUUGUGGAGUUUGAGUUGAAGCAUGCGCAACAGUUUGUCGAACACUAUUUAUUACCAAAAGAAGAGGAAGUUGUGGAAGUCUUCAAUCCAUUUGCGCCUGCAGUGCAGAAGUCAAAGGGUAGAAAGGAUCAUUCGAGCUUAUUCACCGAAAAGCCUAUAGAAGAAGAUUUGGUGCUCAUUUGUGGACAUACACAGAGAGAUAUACGAUGUGGGCUUCUUGCACCGUUGUUGGAGCAAGAGUUUGAAAAGGUGCUUGAGAAGGAAAAGCUACAUCAUGUUAGAACAGGGCUCAUCUCGCAUGUUGGUGGCCAUGCCUAUGCGGGAAACGUGCUCUACUUCCCUAGAGAUUGCAGUAAGAUGCCAAUUGUAUUCUAUGGACGAGUGUUUCCUGACCUCGUGCAAGGAAUUGUAAAUACUACGAUCAAAGACGGUAAAAUCAUCAAGGAGCUUUACCGUGGCGACGUUCAUAAAAAAUAG